AUGCUUUUUCCCAUUUUUGUGUUUCUAAUUUUUUCUAUAUCUCAAGUAUCAGCGAAAUCAUGCGAAGAAUGUCUUUCGGAAGGAAAUCAUUACUGCCCAUCCGUUAAAGCAUGCAACUUUUCGCCGUGUCCCGACGUUGUCAAGAAACCAAUUAAUUGUCCAUGGGUACCUAAUUCAACAUAUGCUUAUGAUGAUCAUACAGCUCGAACUUUAUGGCUCCCGCUUAUUGGAGCUGGGGCGACUGAUGCCAAGCAUGCUCAAUUAUGUUUCGAUAAUAAUUGGCCUACUUUGAAAGUAUCAAAGCAUAUUUUAGUCAAUUGCUCCAAUCCACAUGAACUCCAUUCGCAGUGCUCUAUGAUAACUGCAUAUGAUACUACAAAGAAAAUAAUAGUCAUGACAUUCCGUGGAACAACUGGAAAUGGUCAAAUGGCCGACGAGAUCCUCAGCUUCUUCGGCGGAAAAAGAAAAUUCUUUGAUUCUGGAAUGGUGUUCGAAUACUUUUAUGAUGCAUUCAAUUCCCUCUGGAAUGGCGGAUUAGGGACAGAAAUUCGCAAUUUGAAAUAUUUGUAUCCUGAUUUUGAACUUUGGGCUUCUGGACACUCUCUUGGUGGUAGCCUCGCUUCAGUUGGCGCAUCAUGGGUGGUAAAAACCGGACUAUUUAAGCCAGAAAAGAUUAAAUUGCUCACUGUUGGCCAGCCGCGAACGGGAGAUUACGACUAUGCAUGGUGGCAUCAGAACACGUUCUUAUAUUCUUAUCGAGUUGUUCAUCAUAAAGAUCCGGUCCCGCAUAUACCACCUCAAUACGAGCUCGAUAAAGAUCGAAUGUAUCAUCAUCGUACGGAGAUUUGGUACAAUAAUAAUAUGGAAGUUGGAUCUAAAUACCACAUCUGUCCCGAAGCCGAUGGAUUCCAUUGUAGCAACCAACAGCUUGAUCCGAUCCCAAUGGAUCACAUACAUUAUUAUAAUGUGGACUUGGGAACAUACGGUGGAUCAGGAUGCCCAAGAAUUAACUAA